AGAGUCCGGACAAGCAACAACCAACAAAUUCCGCCCGCAGUCUUUCAGCAGAAGCUCCGCCUGGCCUCGCGACUUUCCACCGACUCCUCCGCGCCCGAGUCCACCGCAGCAACACAAUACACGCCUCCCCCCGCCCCUUUCUCUCCCUCUUUCUGUCUUUCUGGCAUUAUCCAGAAGCAACUACGUCUCUCUCUUUCUCUCUCUCCCCUCCCUCGAUUUCGCCGACAUGGCUUACCAGGCGAAGAAGCUCAUCAACGAUCCGAAUGACGUGGUGACUGAGUUCAUUGAAGGACUUGUGGAAACUUAUCCUGGAUUGCAGUAUUUGGAUGGAUUUCCAUCGGUCAAGGUUGUGUUACGUGCUGAUGUUGCCAAUACCGCAUAUGACAAAGUCGCGGUUAUAUCAGGUGGUGGAAGUGGUCAUGAGCCUGCUCAUGCUGGGUUUGUAGGGGAAGGGAUGCUGACUGCAGCUAUAUGUGGAGAUGUUUUUGCCUCUCCACCUGUUGAUUCAAUUCUAGCUGGUAUUCGAGCUGUAACUGGUCCCAUGGGAUGCCUUCUCAUUGUCAAGAAUUACACUGGUGAUCGGUUAAAUUUUGGUUUGGCUGCUGAGCAAGCAAAAUCUGAAGGUUACCAAGUAGAGAUGGUGAUUGUCAGUGAUGACUGUGCUUUACCACCACCUAGAGGCAUUGCUGGACGAAGAGGUUUGGCUGGGACUAUUCUUGUUCAUAAGGUUGCUGGAGCUGCUGCUGCCUCUGGUCUCUCCCUUGCUGAAGUUGCUGCUGAAGCAAAACGGGCAUCUGAAAUGGUUGGAACUAUGGGUGUUGCACUGUCUGUUUGCACAUUGCCUGGUCAUGUUUGCCCAGAUCGUUUAGGCCCAGGAAAGAUGGAGCUUGGUCUUGGAAUUCAUGGGGAACCAGGGGCUGCUGUGGCUGACAUUCAGCCUGUGGAUAAUGUGGUUUCUCACGUUCUUAGCCAAAUACUGUCAUCGGAAAAUAACUAUGUUCCAAUCAAACGUGGGAGUAGAGUUGUGCUCAUGAUUAAUGGAUUAGGUGCAACCCCUGUAAUGGAACUGAUGAUUGCUGCUGGAAAAGCAGUUCCGCAGUUGCAGCUGGAACAUGGAAUUGCUGUUGAUAGAGUGUAUACAGGGACAUUUAUGACUUCCCUUGAUAUGGCAGGUUUUUCAAUAUCUAUCAUGAAGGCAGAUAAACGAAUUUUGCAUCAUUUGGAUGCAGCAACUAAGGCUCCAUACUGGCCUAUUGGUGUUGAUGGUGAUCACCCUCCUGCCAAGAUUCCUGUUCCAAUUCUAUCUUCCCGUUCAACAAAGAAUGAAGAGGCAUUGAGUCGACCAGAACAACUAAACCAACAUGGUCGUGUUCUUGAGGUGGCCAUUGAAGCAGCAGCAAAUGCAAUCAUCAAGCUGAAGGACAGUUUGAAUGAAUGGGAUGGCAAAGUAGGGGAUGGUGACUGCGGGUCAACUAUGUUUAGAGGGGCAACAGCUAUUCUCCAUGACAUGAAGAAGCAUUAUCCCCUGAAUGAUGCUGCAGAAACAGUGAACGAGAUUGGAACUUCUAUUAGAAGAGUCAUGGGGGGAACAAGUGGAAUCAUACAUGAUAUAUUGUGUAAGGCUGCAUAUGGUUACUUGAAGGAAAAUAGCAGCUCAGUUGUUACACCAGUACAAUGGGCUGGUGCCCUUGAAGCUGGGAUUGGUGCUGUCAGUAAAUAUGGAGGUGCUAGGGCUGGUUAUCGCACAUUGUUAGAUGCCCUCAUUCCAGCAUCAUCAGUUCUUAAAGAGAAGUUACAUGCUGGGUACGAUCCUGUGGAUGCUUUUGUUGUCUCAUCUGAAGCUGCAUAUGAAGGAGCUCAGUCAACAAAAAAGAUGCAGGCUCAAGCUGGGCGUUCUACAUAUGUAACUGCGAGUGUUCUUGCAUCAGUUCCAGACCCAGGCGCAAUGGCUGCAGCUUCAUGGUACAGAGCAGCUGCCUUAGCUGUGAAGGAUAAGUACCAUAAGCAAUUGGGGAUUAUCUAGCCAAAUAUGUGUUAGCAACUUACUCUUUUUUGAGGAAGAUGUAAGCAAGUGAUUUUGUUUAUAACAUUUCGGCCUACCAGUUUAGAGCUUCCCGAGUA